AUGCCGGCAGACAAGUUCCUCCCGGCCAUAGGCCACGCCGUGUCCGGUGCAGUCGGCACCGCCAUCUCGACGACGGCGACGUACCCGCUGGACCUGGUCAACACCCGUCUCAAAGUGCAGCGGACUAUUGCGGCGACCGAGCAAUACGAUGGCCUCCUCGACGCCUUUACGAAGAUAUAUGAGCGGGAGGGUGGGCUGGGGGCGUUCUAUGCGGGUCUUGGGUCUGAUGUCGCUAAGAGCGUUGCUGACAGCUUCCUCUUCUUCCUCUUCUACACAUGGUUCCGCUCCCGCCGGUCCCGAGCCAACAGCCGCCGCCUCCCCGCGUGGGAAGAGCUCGCCGUGGGCGCCGCAGCAGGCGCCUGCGCGCGCCUCUUCACCACGCCCAUCAGCACUGUCGUGACGCGAAAACAGACCGCCUCGCUCAUCACAGCACACGAAGACGCGAACCUCAACCAACAGGAUAUCACUGGCGGGGGGGAUGGUGGUGGUAGGAGUAGGAGCGCGGACCUCUCGUUCGCAGAGGUGCUGCACGUCAUCCGCGCCGAGAGGGGCCUCCUGGGCCUUUGGUCUGGGUAUAGCGCCACCCUGGUGCUUACGCUGAACCCGAGCAUCACGUUCUACCUGCAGCACGCGCUGAAGAAGGCGCUCGUGGAGGACAGGGGCCGCGGGGUCGGGGUCGGCGAGGGCGGGGCCAUGACGUUUCUGGUCGCGGCGCUGAGCAAGGUUGUCGCCACGGCGGCAACGUAUCCGUUUAAUAUCGGCAAGACGAGGAUGCAGGUCUCUGUGCCGGACAGUCCGAGCCGGCGUCUUCGCCGGUUGUGUGGGGACAACAUAUUCACGACUAUCAUGGACACGGCGAGGGCCGAGGGUGUCUCGGCUUUGUAUGAUGGGCUGCCGGGCGAGCUGCUCAAGGCCUUCUUCAACCACGGGACAACGAUGCUGUCCAAAGAAAUUGUCCAUGGCUUGCUUGUCCGGUUGUACUUUUUCAUCUUGGCGGUCGUCCAGAGAUCCUCGACCUCGCAGGUCUUGCUCUCGAGGCUGUCUAGUACGAGGUAUGGAGAGCUGAGACAUAGAUUGAUGAGGGGAGCUCUCGUCAUGAGUCUCGUGGAGUGGACGCGGAAAAAUACGAUUGUGGCCAGAUAG